AUGGCGGCCGAACUCUCCCUCAAGCUCACCAACCGGGUGCCCAAAAAACCCAUCAAGAAGCUCGCCCCCUCGGUCGAGCUCCCCCGCGACGCCACCGUCGAGGACGCCAAAAAGAUUGUCGCCCGCGCCUCUGGCUUCUCCGACUUCAACCGCAUCGGUCUCUUCAACCCCGCCGACGGCAAGAUCCUCAAGGACCGCAAGGCUCUGAUCCGCAAUGAGGAGGGUGUCAUCAAGGCCGGCGAGUUGGUCGUCAAGGACCUUGGUCCUCAAGUAGCCUGGCGCACCGUCUUCGUAAUCGAAUACUUCGGCCCCAUCCUCUUCCACGCCUUCAUCCCCCUCAUCCGUCCCUACCUCUACUCCAUCUUCCCCGGCCAGUUCAAGUACAUCUCCGAGUCCGCCACGCCCAUCACAAAGGUUCAAUGGCUCCUCUUCGCCCUCUUCCACAUCCACUUCCUCAAGCGCGAGUACGAGACCCUCUUCGUCCACAAGUUCUCGGCCAACACCAUGCCCGCCCGCAACAUCGUCCGCAACUCGGCCUUUUACUGGAUCAUGGCCGGCCUCCUCUGCGCUCUCGACAUCUACGCCCCUGGCAACCUCUCUGCCCGUGACGAGCUCGUCCCCCUGGACUAUUUCGGCUUGGUCUUGUUCACGUUUGGUGAGGUUUGCAACUGGAUUGUGCACCAGCACUUGGCUAGCUUGCGCAAGCCAGGUGGAACGGAAAAGGGCAUCCCGAAUUGUAUCGGGAGCAACUUGGUCACGAGCCCGAAUUACAUGUUUGAGGUUACGGCUUGGGUGGGUGUCAUCUUGAUCAGCAGGAGCUGGGCGGUGGUGGUGUUUAUCUGCACGGGGAUUAUUUACAUGAGGGAUUGGUCGAGGGGGAAGGAGAAGGCGUUGAGGAAGGAGUUUGGGGACCGGUAUAAGAACAAGAGGUACACCAUGUUGCCUGGCCUUAUUUAG